CUUGUGGCUGGCAUUAAGAGCGGUGAUUUAGCAAGCUGGCUGCGCAAGAAAUAUUGCCUGAAUACUUGACCUGUCCUGAGUUUACAAAUUGUUUUUCAGUAUUUUCAAACAUUUGGAAAGAUAAUCCGGCAAACUGGCAUCAUGGCGAAAUGUUUUAGCUCUGUUCUUUGGCUGAAAGUUAUUUUUCUUGUUGCAAACUUCGUCAUGAGAAAAGGUAAGUGAUUAUAUUAUUCCUCUUAGACCCCUAACUAUGUCUUAGUAGAACGUGAAUGUAGGAUUAAACUCGCUUGUGCUGCACGGCUCCCAGUUUAGAUUAAGUUCCGUAAUAAAACACUUUGUUUCUCCGGACCAAAUAAACUUCAUUUAACUGGUGGUAGUUUUAACUAGUUACCUCUUAACUAUUGAAAUAAGAAAUUAUUUCGAGUCUCAAAGACUAAGUUGAUUUUGAUUAGGUAUACUUGCUGCCUUUGUGACGUGUCCUGCUAGCUAAGAAUAAAUUGCCCACACCAUUGCGUCUGAAUAAUUCGAAGAGGCCGGUUAUUUUCCAAUCGGAAAAAAGGCUGUACUUAAUUUUGUGUUAUUAUGUGAGAGAAAACCGCUGCAUUCUAAGGAGCUAUGUAAUUCAAAUUAUGCAAAGUAGAGACUGUCCAGUAUUAACAGUAGUGUUAUGCGCGUUUAACAGAAUAAAGUGAAAUAAGCCAGUCGCUCCUACGAUGAACCAUUGCUGUCCUCACUUGUCCGUUUGUCUUUUUCAUUCAAUAUUCAACGAGGUGACUUAGAAUACAUGUCAUUUUUGAGAGUAAUUUUAUUGUAAACUAAUUUGCAAAGUAUAGUAACUAGUUUAAAAGUUUCGUCUCGCCAACACUUGACUCAGCAGUCGAGUCAGGGUCGCCUCGACCCUCAUUAACUUUGCUGAAAAAAGCCGCAAUAUUCUUAUGCUAUCUGUCACUUCACGAAGCAGAUUAAGAAAAACGUAAAAGGAGCGGCUUUUUGUACUAGUUUCCUCUUUUUUAAUACUCUUUUUAUUACACUUAAUUUUUAUAACUCACUUGCAUUCUUGUGCUUCUACUGCAUGGCUUAUUUUAUUGUUCAAUAUUAGGUAAUCUUUGUUUCUCCAUUCUCCAAUUUAAAAAAACAUUUGUUAGUUCAGUGCUGAACGAACUGGCGUGAGAUUGUAUAUUGUGUUGAUGCUGUAUAGUCAAAAAAGACUUCAUUGUCUACACGAACAAGGCUCUUUCAAAUACAUUACUCGGGACGAUCUUUACUCAAGAUUCUAAGACGUUUUGAAUACGACGAAAUUAGCCUUUUCCACGAUCCAAAUAGUCUACAGAAACAAUAUUGUUGUUGAUUCAGUUUUCACACGUCUUAAAUGCUUAUAGUCAAUAUGCUCUAUAUAAUCAGUAUUGACAAGGCAUUUACUGUUUGCGGAGUUUUUCGAUAUUCACUAACAUUAUAAAUUCAGACUUAGGAAGAAAUUUUACCUAAAAAUGUAUUUCAUGUGAAACUGAGUUACUGAACAGUUUUCCUGCAGCAAUGUUUAUUACACUGUACAAGAUGGUUUUAAUUUUUGAGUCUGCGGGUGAAAUCCUAUUGUGUGACCAUUCAUUAUCAACAAAGCUUCCGAGCAGUGCUUUACCGCGGUGUAACAGUUUUUUCGAGCAAAUGCCAAAGUUACUAAAAGGAGUUUUCUUUUAAACUAGCUUCAAAAAUUUCAUUCAUUGGCAUAGGACAAAACACAAGCAGGAGUCAGAACUUUCAAUGAAUUCUGAACAUAUCAAGCGCUUAUUUUUCUUUUUUUAAUUUAGCCUCAUGCUACAAAAAUCCAUAUCAUUACUUUUCCAGCUCUGCUAUUAAGGUUAAUAUAUAAAAAAAUUGGACCACUGCGUUUUAAAUUCAAUAAAUUUAAUUGCAAUUGUACUUGCGUACUUUCGAGACUUUACUAGAAAGAAGGUCAAACGGUCUACAGUGUACCGUUAAAUAUAUUACACACCCAUGAUGACUGCAGACUUUAUUAUAGCUUCUAGUUCCGUUUGUCUCAUUUAGGGGUAAAAAUAGCAGAUUUUUGUCUCACUUAGGUUGUCAGGACGGAAAGCCAAUAUUUUCAUCCAAAAGGCUGGCUUAGCGUUGUGCUGAAAGAAAACCUCAAUAAAAAACUGUGUCGAAGUCCGAGCAUCUUUUAAAGCGCAAUUAAAAUCACAAUGGUACUUUUUCGCUUGUCUGUUCUACAUGAUCUCUUUUCGGGUUUCAUGAUUAAGUCUGAACCACGCCCAGAUUGGCCUGGUUACUUUCCCACUAGCAUCACAGUCCUUUUGAAAUGGAAACCGGCUCCACCCACGCCCGCCGGGGGAUGGGGUUUGGUGGGCUUUAAUCCGAACAAAGUCCUAGAUGAUCAGAUGACAAGAAAAAAAUAACAAACACAUACCAUGAAGCGCCAUCGAAGUACGUUUGGUUUAUUUAUAUCUAAAGGGUCACAAAGAACCAUAGCAAUCAUGAUUAGCAGUAUUCGAUGCCAUAUAAUGAAACUGACCUGUAAAGAUGCCAGUGUUUUCUCCACUCCACCUGUAUAUUUACACGUCAUAAACAGCCGUGUAUCUUGCUCUCAUACUCUUAUGACGAGCUUCUUUACAAUUUUCCGUGGCUCUUUAAGACCCAGUGUUUACUCGGACUCGGGUGAGCUCGGGUGGACUCGGGUGUUUAACUGACAAAGUACGGUAUGAUUUUCGUUUAAUCCCGGGACGGGAGAUCACCAGGAUGUACAGUAGUAUGGCGAGUUUUACUGCUUACAUGCUCUUUUAAUACUGAUUUGUUUCCAUGGGUUUCAGAGGCACUAGAACUUGACCUGAAUCUAACGCGGCAGGAAAUCAUCACUUUUCUUGAUCAGCCGGCAAACCUCGGCUGCUACUCAACACAAACUGGUAACACGUCACCUCUAUCCUUUACCUGGACAAAAGAUAAUCAAAUCAUCACGGAAUCAUCACGAUUGAGAGCAUUUGGUGAAGUCAUUGUGGUAACGCCAAAAAGUGAUUCGGACUUUGGUACGUACAUGUGCAAUAUCACAAAUGGCAUGUCAAGUAUUCUUUGCAGAAUCAAACUAUCUAAAGGUCUCAAUGAAUCUGGUGAGUGUAGUUCCACUAGUUAUUUUCUUUGUAGUAAUGACAAAUAUGGAGUGCGUCCGACAUGGAAGGCUGAUAAGGCGAAUUUGAAAGCGAGGCACCAAAUGUAGGGUCCAGGUUUAGCCGAGUCGAAGACGCCCAUGGAGUGAGUUGGGCAUUUAAGUUGUAUAAGGCUCCCAGUCAUUCUAGUUUAAAAUUUUCAUCCCCCAGAUCACUUUUAUAGCAAAUGAUUUCUUAGUUGCUAUACCAAAUUCAUUCUGAUUUCUACAUCGUAUUCCAGACCACUCAUCUAUCUUGUCUUGCGUAUAUUUUAGAGCACUCUCCCACCCCCAACCCCCAAUGCCAAUAUACUGUUUGCUUGACUCAACUUUCGUUCGGGUCAGUGAAUUCAAAAUAUCGGCCCCAAGACUAACCACUGAGGUACAAGUUAUUCAUUUUCCUAUCACACAACGUUUACUCUCUUCUUGAAGUUUCAGAGAAAGAGGAUGGAGGUGCUUCGAGUGAAUCUACGACAGGAUGCGUGAACAUUUCAGUUUUGAUGCCUGUUCUUGCCGUAGCUGUCUUGGCGCUUCUCCUGUUCAUUCACUUAGUUAUUCAAGGCAAACGAAAGCGUGACAGGGAAUUGAAAAUGACGAAAAAAAAAAAUGGAAAUAUCAGUCCACACAGCGAUGGAAGCAAUGUUGUGAUUGGAGAAACUAUCGAAAUGCACGCUAAUGGGCACGUGAUCGGGUUAUCUGGUGAUGGCCUGCAGGCGCCAGGAACACCUAUCUCGAAUCACGUGUCACGAUCCAAUACCUAUGAGAGUAUAACAGGAUCACCUUCCAUUGGGCGCGUAUCACGUGGUCAUGCACCAGGAUCACCUGUUGGGCACGUGCCACGAUCGCCUGCCUUAAGACAUGCAUCAUGA